AUGAUGAGGUACAUGGAGAAACCUCCGCCACUCAAGAGCCUCUCCAUCAUUGAACCGGCCUCAAACCCAGAUCCAUACCCAGGAAAUGGUUCUCAUCAAGAUCAAGAUCCCGCAGCCUCUCUACUAACCCCAAUGGAGGAAGAGUUUCUAGUGAACACUGAAGAAGGAGAGCUCGACGAAACCCACACUGCAGAUCAAAUCGACUACAUGAUUAAUGAACUCGCGGACAGUGCACUCGAUGAUGUGAUGCUGGAAAACGACGACCUCCUCGGAGAAGAGCUGGCCUCUGAUGAGGAAAGGAUAGAUGCUAUUACACAACUCUCCCCAAUGGUUUUGCAGGAUAACGAAUUUAACGAAGAGAUGCAGGAACCAGAAGCAGAGAUCCCAAGGAAUAUGGAGAAGGUGCUCCAGAAUGCAGAAGAAAGAAGAAAAAUGUCCCCAGUCCGGAGAAGAAAGGUAGUCAAGCCUCAAGGAAACUCCAAGCUCUCCGUCCCAAACCAUCGCCAAAAAAGAAGCCAACAACGUGUAAAAAAUCAAAAACUUUGGCUCCAUCUCUUAUCCCUCGUAAUGAGGUGUUCCCCUCUGCUCUAA